AAAAAAAAAAAACACUGUAAAGAACGUAGCUUCGUAUUUGCCCUUUUUGUUUUCCAUAAAAGCAGCAGUGCAAAUCCCAAUCUAGAAAAAUAAAAAUCUUUCUGUCCUCGUCUUUGUAUCAAUCUGGCGAAUUGCGUCAUCGUUUAGCAUCAUCCGGCAAGGCUUUCCUUUUUUCUCGGUUCGUUUCCGGCGAGGGUUCUCCAGUUAGGAUUUUGCGGUGAAUUACGAGGGAUGAUGCGUUUUGGAAUUUAGGGUUUUUAUUCUCUUGGUUGGAUGGAACCGGGCAUGAGAUCCGAUGGCCCUUCUGGGGCUUUGGUGAAGAACAGGAGAUCUUCAGGGUGUUUGGUUGUUAGGAAGAAAGGUGAUGGAUUGAGUGGUGGGGUUGGUAGUUCUUUCAGCUCCAGGAAGCUGAAUGCAUCAAAGAAAGGGAAGAAGAGGCCCAAGGUUGAGUUAAGUAGUAGCGAUUCGGAAUCGAGUCAGGAGCUAUUGAUGCCAUCUUCUAGAGGGCUUGGUCCUGAGACCAUUCGAGUAUGCAAUGGUUUGACAGCUGUUAAGCGGGACGAGGCUGGUGAUGGUGGAACUGGAAGGAAGCGGGAGAGGUUUGAGGACAUUAGUCAUAACGGUGAUGAGAUGGGGGAGGGAAAUGGUUCAGAGAGGAGGGAAAAGAAACUUAGCAAGAUUGAUGUGUUUGAUUUCGACGAAUACGAUGCUAUGGAUGCAGACAUGAUGAGAAGGAGCCAUGUAGAUAGCAAUGGGGGCGGCUUUGGAGGGGAAAGGCUUGGGGGAGCAAUGCAUGCUGCUAGAGGUGGCACUGAUAGGGAAUUCAAAACUGGUUCAAGCAGACACACCCUUAAUAAGAGAAAGAACUCCCAUUGUGAUAAGGCAAGUCACUUGCACCCAAGAGAUAGUAAAUUAAAGAAGUGGGAUGCAGCUCAGCAUCCUCAGCCCGUGCCGAAGGAGAAGUUUAAUUCUGAUGAAUCCAUUAGGGUUCAAGGGAAAAAUGGUGUUUUAAAGGUGAUGGUUAAUAAGAAGAUGUGUAAGCCAUCAAAGCACGUUGAUAAUCGCAAACAUGUAGAAGGGCAACGAAGUUUGAGGGCUGAGGGCAUUGCCAAGAAGAAUGUUCUGAUCCAUCCUUCAUCUUGCUUGGAAAAAAAACCUGUUAAGAAACAAGGUUUACAUGCUAGGACAGAGAAGAAAUUGGUAGCAAGAAGAAAAUCUUUGUCAAGUAACGACACUAAGGGUGAUGACCAGGAUUCAGAUAACAGUGGCACAUCAUUGAAUGUGGGAGUGAAGUGCAUUAAAGCUUUCAAGUCUUUAAAGAGGGGGACCUCGGACGAUGAACAGACUCCUAAGCAUGAAAAGACCCCAACCACAGCAGGAACUAAAAAGGAGAAAAUAAGGCGUGGUAGUGGCACAGAAAAGCAGAAGCUACGAGAACAGAUACGGGAGAUGCUUCUUAAUGCAGGUUGGACCAUAGACUAUCGCCCUCGGAGGAAGAGAGACUAUCUUGAUGCAGUUUACAUUAAUCCUGGGGGUACAGCCUAUUGGUCCAUCAUCAAGGCCUAUGAGGCGUUUCAGAAGCAAUUGAGUGCUGACGACCCUGGGGCCAAGCCCAAUGGGGAGUGCUCUUCUUUUGCUCGUAUCACAGAUGAUGUGCUUAGUCAGUUAACAAGGAAUACUCAGAAGAAGAUGGAGAGAGAAUUAAAGAAGAAGAAGAAGAAGAAACAGAAGAAGGAAAGAGAUGAUAGUGAGAGUGAUAGUGGAAAAGAACCUCGCAUUAAGAGAUCUUUAAGCAACAAGCGUGAUAUGAAUGGCAUGGAAAGUGAUAGUGAUGAAGAGAAAUUAAGCUCCUUUUUAAAGCGGGAGCGUAAGUCAAUGAAAAAUAAAAUGAUUGAAAAUACUGUUAACAGUUGUAGAUCUACAAGCAAGAAAGCUGACCUUCACACAGAUGAAGGAACUGAAAAAUCACUUUUAGGAAAUGAUCCUCAUCAACUACAUGGGAGGAAAAGUAAGAAACAUGGAAGGUGCACUUUAUUGGUUCGUAAUUCCAACAUAGGGUCAAAUUCAGAUUCUGAUGACUAUGUUCCAUAUAUGGGCAAACGAACGGUGCUUUCCUGGUUGGUUGACUCUGGAGCUGUACAGUUAAGCCAAAAGGUUCAGUAUCGUAGAAGGAAACGUGUAAUGCAGGAGGGAUGGGUCACCAGGGAUGGGAUUCAUUGUAGUUGCUGUAGUAAAAUACUCACUGUUUCCAAGUUUGGGCUUCAUGCAGGAAGUAAAUUGCGCCAGCCAUAUCAAAACAUAUAUUUGGAUUCUGGAGAUUCUCUUCUACAGUGCCAGAUAGAUGCAUGGAAUAAACAAGAGAAUUCUGAGAAAAUUGCUUUCCAUGCAGUAGAUAUUGAUGGUAAUGAUCCAAAUGAUGAUACUUGUGGUAUAUGUGGAGAUGGAGGGGAUUUGAUCUGUUGUGAUGGUUGUCCAUCAACGUUUCAUCUGAGUUGCUUGAAUAUACAGAUGCUCCCCCCUGGUGAAUGGCAUUGUCCAAAUUGCACAUGCAAAUUUUGUGGAGUAGUCCGUGGUCCUGUAAACAAAGAAGAUGAAUCAACUUUAAAUGCCCUACAUAGAUGCAACUUAUGCGAUAAAAAAUUUCAUGAAUGUUGUGCUAAGGAGAUGAAAACCCUUCCUACUAACUCCGAUAUGUCAAGCCCUUCCUUUUGCGGAAGGGACUGCAAAGAGCUUUCUGAGCACUUGAAGAAAUACCUUGGUACUAGGCAUGAAAUAGAUGGAGGCUUCACAUGGUCUCUCAUUCAUAGAACAGAAGACGACUCAGAGGCAUCUAGUAGGGGAAUUAUGCAGAGGGUUGAAUGGAACUCCAAGUUAGCUGUUGCACUGACUGUGAUGAAUGAAUGCUUUUUGCCAGUUAUUGAUAGGAGAAGUGGGGUCAAUUUAAUACAUAAUGUUUUAUAUAAUAGUGGGUCAAACUUCAGCCGGUUGAAUUACACUGGCUUUUAUACUGCGAUUUUGGAGCAAGGCGAUGAAAUAAUUUCUGCAGCUUCUAUCAGGUUCCAUGGGACCAAGUUAGCAGAGAUGCCAUUCAUUGGAACUCGCCAUAUGUAUAGGCAUCAGGGGAUGUUGCGCAGGCUUUUUUCUGCCAUUGAAUUGGUAAACAUGAAAAUUUCUGUGAUUUUCCUUUUAUCCAAUGUCUAUACAAAAGUUUGACUUACAUUCUUCUUUUCCCUUGGCUUCAUGCAUCUUGAGGAAUCACUCAGACAGGAAAUGAGGUCAUUGAAUAUGUUGGUCUUCCCCGGUAUAGAUAUGUUGGAGAAAGUGCUAACCAAACAAGGAAAACUUGAUGGUGUUGAGAAAAUGGAAACUAGAGAUGAAUUUGUUACUAUGCCUAAUAUGGCUGGUAAGUUGGAUAUGAAUUCCUCAGCUCUGGAAGAUCCUGAACGGAGUGAUCAUGCUAAUUCAAAUCCUGACAAUGAGAUAAACGACGACUCUAGUGAUGCUUCUCAAGAACAGGAUAAUCACAUUUUGGUUGACAGCACCAAGUCUCAUUCUGCAGAUAGAUCAUCUGAUUUUGUUUCAAAUAAAUGUGUUUCUCCUUCUAGUACCAGGGAUGAUGUGCUAGAAACAAACAAUAAAGCAGUGACAGCUUUUCCUGGUAAUAAUAAAUUGCAUCCCUCUGUGAAAUGUCAAAAUCACACUUCUUUGAGCAGUCCUCCAUUAGUUUCUCCAUCUCCAGAUUGCCAUGAACUUGCUGCUUUGCAUUCGGUGAGUGUAUGUUCGGACCCUGAUUCUGCGAAAAAUCUGGCACAACCUGUUUCUGAUGGGAAAUGUCACAUGCACACUGAUGACGUUAAUCCAGGGUUGGAUUCUCAAGUGGGAGAUAAUGCUUUGUCUUCUAAAGAGGUUGAUAUGAAUGAUGCCCGUGAUGAGGUUCUUGAAUCAGUGAAUUUAUCUCAGGGUAAAAUUACGAAGGAGAAAAAUGAAGUUGUGGAUGUCUCUGGUUCUGUUCCCAAUCAUGCUGAUGAGAGUUCUUUGCAAGUGAAAUCUGAUUUGAUGGAUGAAAUUGUAUUGGAGGGAGAAAAGAAUUUGGACAAAGAGGUUGCAUCACGUGAAAUGUGUGUGGAUGAAACUGGCCUAAGGGCAUCUGGUGCUAGUUCUUAAACUGAUCCAGCUUAAAACAUUGAUCUAGUCUGGUGCUGCUGAUGUUUUGAAUCUACUGCCCAUGCCACUAUUCUUACAGGUUUUCUUCAAAAGAUUCAAUGCCUUGUAAGCAAUCAGUUUUCAAGGCUGAAUAGCUUCUCUAUUGAUUCAAGGGACAGAUAAAAUAAAUUGAUCCCUUGUAUCAACAAGUACGAAUUAAUUAAGGUUCCAAGUUGACUUCAUCUCAUGUCAAUUAUCCUUUUGCCAUAAUGCUUCAAGGAGCUGUUUGCACAGGAUGUGUGCUUUUGGCUGAAGAGGCGUGUCAAUCAAAUGGUUGAGGUUGCCGACCUGUAAUAUGCGAUGAUCCUCUGUAAACCUGCAGAUCCUUUGUAGAUGAUUAUGAUUCACAACAUUUAUAUCUGAUGUCUGAAUCCAUAGGAGUCGAUUAGUCUUCCUUCUCAACCUUUGUGUGGCAUUCACAAUUUGCUCACAUGACAUUAUCAGUUGGAGAUACCUAGACCAGGUUUUGGUUUUGGUUGGCAGCAUUUUUUAUUGACUUGUCUACAUUUUGAUGGGCCAUUUACUGAAAGCAAGACACCAAAAGUUCUUUUUCCAAUCCACAGCACCUUCUGCUCAUUUGUUUGAUCCAUGUCUGCCCAAGUUCCUCAUCCAGAAAUUUUGUCUAUAUAUGUUCCUCAAAAGGUCUGUGCAAUUCAAAAUGAAGACUUAAAUGGGAUUUUCGUAUAAAACACGAACUUUAUCCUUUGGUGUACUGUGUUGCUGUAGAUAACAUCCUCUGACUGUAUGAUGUUAAGAAGUUUCUUAGCAAAGGGGAUGUUUGGAUGGGUUGGGAAGGUUUUGUUUUUUGUUCUUUUUUCUUUCUGUAACUAAUGUAAGGUUGAUGUUUGAUGUAGAAUUAUAUUGUUGUAACACUUUUAUGGUCGUUUAGGAUAGUGGCUCCUUCCUCAUUUUGAGAGCUUUUAUGUAUAUUUUUGUUGCUCAAAAGCUGGCGGAAUUUUGAAAUGAAAAUGCUGCAGCUGCAAGUGCCAAUUUUGUGGUAUGGACGCACAAUGUUUAUUGAUAGAUUCACAAAUAGGAUUCUCUG